UCAGGCUACAUUGUCUGUCACAAUGCAGUUUGGAUUUCCUGCUUUGUGUGUCUUUGGAGGCUGAGACCACAAGCAAUUGAUCACAGCAAUCUGACACCUGCUGGGAAAAUGGUUCACCUGAGCUGCCAGGUGUGGACUAUGAUUACAGGGGCGGGAGGAGAUGGUGCCCUCCCCUGGCUGCAGGUAGACAGCAGAAUUACUGAUGAUGAGUAAGGAUCUAUUUAACUGAGCACUUGAGUACUGUGCUCACUGUUACUGGCUGUUCGAGACAGUAUAGGUGACUCUGCAUUCACAACUCUUGCCAUGUUCACCCGGAGAUGCUCCAGAUGUUUCCUACUGGAUACAGUCAACAGAGGAGCAGAGUUUGUGGAGACCUUGAAGACUAUCUACCCCAAGGCAGACAUCCUCCAUGAGAAGGACUUUGACUGGCUCUUUGACUGCCCCAAGACAGAGAUGUUCCUUGAGUGGUUCUGCAACACAGUGGGGGAAGAGAAUGUACUGAGCCCUACAGAAGUGGCAGCCUAUCAGAAGCUGCUCAGCUCAGGGAAGCCUAUUUUGGAAGGCAAAGCCCUAGACCAGGUGCUGCAGACCUGCCACCAAUCUCCACAGCUGAUAGGCAUGAUGCCAGAGGAGGAGGGCCCCUCUCUGGAGGCUCUAAAGCAUGAGACCCAGGCACUGCAGAGCUAUAAUGCUUGCCAGCUCCAACGGCGUAACAAGCUUCAGAUCCGUGCAGCUAGUGUGAAGCAGGAGCUGUGCCACUUGGAAGAAGAGGAAGAGAAGGCAGUCUGGAAGCUGAGAGAGGCCCAGCUGGAUUUGGAAGUGGAGAACUCUCAAACCAACAUUGCCUUGAACCAGGCCUGCAAGACAGCAAAGCAGCUGGUAGAGUGGCAUAGUGAAGCUGGGAAAGGGAGACUGCAGGUGCUAAUGUCUGCAGCAGACCUGAGCCACUUCAUGGAGACAGAAAAACUGGCCACAGGGGCUUUAGAGGGAUUCAUCCAGAAAGUGCUGCCAGAUCGUCUAAGAGGUGCAGACAUACUGCCAGUGAAGGGACAGGGCAGCUUCCAGGAAAAGGUGGACACCGAGGUCAGGGCAAAGUUAGCUCAGGAUGUACUGCCAGAAGACAUGGGGAAUGUCAGGGAUGAGUAUAUCAAGAAUAUCAAAGUGAGCCUAGGAGAACUGGAGGGCCAGGGCAGCUGCCAGGAAGACUUAGUCAGGAGACCGUUAACAUCAAGGCUCACCUUGAAAACCCUGUUAAAAGAGGAGAGAUACUUGAAAGCAGAGACUGGGGGUGUGGAGGCACUGGAUGUUCAAAAUAGCUGCCAGGAUGCAGUGGAGAUGGUAGCAAAAGCAGACCAAAUGAUGCUGGAAAAAACAGGGAGCCCUAACACUGUACUUCUGGAAAACCGGGGCAGCCACCAAGAGGAACUAGGACGUCUAAAACUAAUUUAUAUCUGCAGCCAAAGACAGCUGAUCACCACCUCGGCAGAAAUGGAUGGUAUCUGUGCUGGCUUGCAGUGGGCAAGGACCCUGAAGACCAAGAAGGAAAACUGGCCAGUGAAGGACAAGGAAGAGCUAAGCCUUCACAUUGCCACCUGCCAGGAACAGCUGCAAACAAUCCAGAGUGAGAUAGAUCAGACCCAGGCCAACAAACUCACGCCUCUGCUUCAGGCUGGUACCCACCUUUUUUGCUUGCCUAUCCUGUCUGGAGAGCUUAACGUGGAAGCUGUUCGCCUUGGGUAUAUUGCUUCAAGGCAAAAGGAGGUUGUGGUGCAGCUAAUGGACCAGCACAGUCGCUUGGAACUGCUAGGGCUCCAGCUGAUGCUGGAGGAGAGACAGUUGCGUAAGGUGGGAAUGUUACUGGAGAAGAUGGUAGCUACCUUGCAGGAAGACUCGGACAAGCUGCAGGAAAGGCUGGUCUGCUUUGAAGAUCCCAGCUUCCAGGUUAAGCAGUGUCCACGCACGCUGUUAGACUCUGGUGAUCUUACUACCUUACGGUUCUGGGAGAUGCUGGAGACGUAUGGUCAUGAAAGGCAACUUUUCCUCACCUAUGAGACAUUGGCAGGCCGGGGCUCACGCCUGUGUCAGGAAGCAAAGAUGCUGGAAGUGCAGCUGGCAGUGCCGCCAUCCCAGCUACCCACACUAGAAUAUGAGAACACAGUGCUGUAUGGGAUGCUGUACAGUGAUUCCAACCAACUACAGCUUAAUUCCCAGGAGCUAUCUGAACUUAAGGAGCAGCUCAGUACCUCAGAGGCCAAACUCUAUCAAAUGUUGAUGGACCUCCUGAGUGACCUGAAGGCCAAGCGCAAGUCCCUGAGGAGCCAUUUCCAACAGACAGAGCGUGACCUCUAUGUGCACUUCUUCAGCAAUGUUAACCACCUGCAGGAAGUGGUGCAAGAGCUAGAGGAGCAAGCUUUGUCCUUCUCCUAAGGAUAUGUAAUGGGGCAGGUCAAGGUGGCUUUCACUGUUUGCCUGUCAUGUGGCCUUUCCUUUCCAAGGGAAGGAAAUGCUAGCAAUUCCAGGUGCCAUGGUGGGCUAUAGUGGUGUUUUGUUUUGAUCCUGUAAUUGAGAGGCCUUGCAGAGAAAUGCCACAUCCCUCAUUACAGGGUGAAGGGAGUGCACUCUGUGGUAGAAGGA